AUGUCCCACGUAAGCCCGUCGUUUGUGGCGACACAAGUCUUUUCCAGCCAGGCUGCGCCACCGCAAGCGAGCGCUGGCGGCGCUGGCAGAGCUGCCGGUGGAGGCGGCGGAGGCGGCGGAGGUGGUGCGAGCCUGGCAGGACCCGUGGCCGAGGCCGCGCAGCGGCAGGCCGAGCACAUUCGCAAGCUGCGGCAGGAGGCAGCAGAGGACAUUGCUCGGUUUGCGGUGGACAGGAAGGUCUUCUACGUCGUCUCCAAGUGGGAAGAGGCCUCGUUCUCGAUCUCGGUGACAGACGGCGGGCGGGCGUGGUACGCGAGCGUGACCAAGGCUAUCGUCCGCAGCGAGCUCUGCCCGCCUGGCAUGGAGGUGGCGGCGUACAUGGCGACUGUCCGCGCCGCGCUCGCUACGCAGGACCUCAGCGGCUCGCGCUUCCAAUACACGUUUGAGCUCCGCGACGACAACCUCCGUCUCGGCUGGGUCAUCAAGGACGGCCUCGUCCCGCUUCGCGGCUCGGUGGUCCUGGCGGAAGAGGCCUCACCGGCGCGCAUUGUCUCCGCCGUUGUCGACGCCCUUCUCCGCGCCCGCGCCAGCCUCGAGCACGAAAACUACGAGCUUCACACCGCCAACGGCCUACUGAUGGGCCAGCGGGAUGAGGCCAAGCGCAUGCUCGACACGGUCGUUAGCGACAAGGCACUGCUCGAAGAGGAGCUCAUGCGCUCGUUUGUCACCAUCGUCAACGCCAAGAAGAAGAAGUUCCGCGAGCUCGUCGCCGACAACCACGCCCUCAUGGCGGAAAAGGCUACCCUCGCUGCCCGCGUCGACGAGCUCGAGACCCGCCUUGCUGCUGCCCAGUCUCCGGUCCGCGCAGCCUCGGGCGUCAGCUCGUCUUCACCGGAGCCGGCAGCCCCGUCGAUCUCGGCCUCGCCCUCGCUCGCCUCGGCCUCAUCCGCCGCCUCAGUUGACACGCCGCUCAACGACAUCCUCGCUCCGCCGCUGGCACCUGACUCGGUUCCUGUUCGCAAGCGGCGCACCCACCGCCAGCCGGUGCACGCCGUCCCGUCUCCGAAUGACCGCGCCCCCACGACGGGUGGCACCAAGCGUGAUCGGUCCGGCACGGCCAAGCCAGCUGCUGUUCUACCCAUCUCGGCCGUGCCUCCGUCGGCGUCAAUCGCAACAAAGCGGCCGGCCACGGCUGGCUCGCGGCGAUCGCGCGACACGUCGGGCGUCUUCCCACAACGGUUCAAGAACGACUACUCACGCCGGUCGCCAGGCCCUGGCGCCUACGGCCUCAAGUCGACCAUCGGCGACGCGCCCGCCGCGUCCUUCAAGGGCCGCCACCACGUCAGGACCACUGCCGAGCAGUCGCCUGGCCCUGGUGCGUACGGCAUCAAGUCAUCCGUUGGUGCUGCCCCGGGUGUCUCCAUGAAGUCGCGGCACCACGUCAAGACCACCGCCGAGACCUCGCCAGGCCCUGGUGCCUACAUGAUCGACGGCACCAUCGGCAGGGGCAAGGGUGCGUCGAUGAAGUCGCGCCAUCACGUCAAGACCACCGCCGAGACCUCGCCUGGCCCUGGUGCAUACGGCAUCAAGUCGUCGGUUGGACACGCUCCCGCCGUCUCGAUGAAGUCGCGUCACCACGUCAAGACGACCGCUGAGACCUCGCCCGGUCCUGGCGCGUACGGCAUCAAGUCGUCGGUCGGCGAUGCUCCCGCAGCGUCCUUCAAGGGUCGCCACCACGUUCAGACGACGGCCGAGCAGUCACCUGGCCCUGGCGCGUACGGCAUCAAGUCGUCGGUCGGCGACGCGCCUGCAUACUCGCUCCGGCCCAAAACUGCCAGUGCCGCCGACAGGCGCCGCUCUCCCGGUCCAGGCGCGUACGGCCUCAAGUCUUCCAUUGGUGACGCUCCUGCCGUCUCGAUGAAGUCGCGGCACCACGUCAAGACCACUGCUGAGACCUCGCCUGGCCCUGGUGCAUACGGCAUCAAGUCGUCGGUGGGUGAUGCGCCUGCGGUCUCGAUGAAGUCGCGGCACCAUGUCAAGACGACCGCCGAGACCUCGCCAGGCCCUGGUGCCUACAUGAUCGACGGCACCAUCGGCAGGGGCAAGGGUGCGUCGAUGAAGUCGCGGCACCAUGUCAAGACCACCGCCGAGACCUCGCCUGGCCCUGGCGCGUACGGCAUCAAGUCGUCGGUCGGCGAUGCGCCGGCUGUCUCGAUGAAGUCGCGGCACCACGUUCAGACAACGGCCGAGCAGUCGCCUGGCCCUGGCGCGUACGGCAUCAAGUCGUCGGUGGGCGACGCGCCCGCGGCCUCGAUGAAGUCGCGGCACCAUGUCAAGACCACCGCCGAGACCUCGCCGGGCCCUGGCGCGUACGGCAUCAAGUCGUCGGUGGGUGAUGCGCCUGCGGUCUCGAUGAAGUCGCGGCACCAUGUCAAGACCACCGCCGAGACCUCGCCAGGCCCUGGUGCCUACAUGAUCGACGGCACCAUCGGCAGGGGCAAGGGUGCGUCGAUGAAGUCGCGCCAUCACGUCAAGACGACCGCCGAGACCUCGCCUGGUCCUGGCGCGUACGGCAUCAAGUCGUCGGUCGGCGAUGCGCCGGCUGUCUCGAUGAAGUCGCGGCACCACGUUCAGACAACGGCCGAGCAGUCGCCUGGUCCUGGGGCGUACGGCAUCAAGUCGUCGGUCGGCGACGCGCCCGCGGCCUCGAUGAAGUCACGGCACCAUGUCAAGACGACCGCUGAGACCUCGCCCGGUCCUGGUGCGUACGGCAUCAAGUCGUCGGUCGGCGAUGCUCCCGCAGCGUCCUUCAAGGGUCGCCACCACGUUCAGACGACGGCCGAGCAGUCGCCUGGCCCUGGCGCGUACGGCAUCAAGUCGUCGGUGGGCGACGCGCCCGCGGCCUCGAUGAAGUCGCGGCACCACGUCAAGACCACCGCCGAGACCUCGCCUGGUCCUGGCGCGUACGGCAUCAAGUCGUCGGUGGGUGAUGCGCCUGCGGUCUCGAUGAAGUCGCGACACCAUGUCAAGACGACCGCCGAGACUUCGCCAGGCCCCGGUGCUUACAUGAUCGAUAGCACGGUCGGCAAGGGACCUGGUGCGUCGAUGAAGUCGCGACACCAUGUCAAGACGACCGCCGAGACCUCGCCUGGCCCUGGCGCGUACGGCAUCAAGUCGUCGGUCGGCGAUGCGCCGGCUGUCUCGAUGAAGUCGCGGCACCACGUUCAGACAACGGCCGAGCAGUCGCCUGGUCCUGGGGCGUACGGCAUCAAGUCGUCGGUCGGCGACGCGCCUGCGGCCUCGAUGAAGUCACGGCACCAUGUCAAGACGACCGCUGAGACCUCGCCCGGUCCUGGUGCAUACGGCAUCAAGUCGUCGGUCGGCGACGCUCCUGCAUACUCGAUGCGGCCCAAGACCGCCAGUGCCGCCGACAGGCGCCGCUCUCCCGGUCCGGGCGCAUACGGCCUCAAGUCGUCGAUCGGCGAUGCUCCGGCUGCGUCGAUGAAGUCGCGGCACCACGUUCAGACAACAGCUGAGCAGUCGCCGGGCCCUGGCGCGUACGGCAUCAAGUCGUCGGUGGGUGAUGCGCCUGCGGUCUCGAUGAAGUCUCGGCACCACGUCAAGACGACCGCCGAGACCUCGCCAGGCCCUGGUGCCUACAUGAUCGACGGCACCAUCGGCAGGGGCAAGGGUGCGUCGAUGAAGUCGCGCCAUCACGUCAAGACGACCGCCGAGACCUCGCCUGGUCCUGGCGCGUACGGCAUCAAGUCGUCGGUCGGCGAUGCGCCGGCUGUCUCGAUGAAGUCGCGGCACCACGUUCAGACAACGGCCGAGCAGUCGCCUGGCCCUGGCGCGUACGGCAUCAAGUCGUCGGUCGGCGACGCGCCUGCGGCCUCGAUGAAGUCACGGCACCAUGUCAAGACGACCGCUGAGACCUCGCCUGGCCCUGGCGCGUACGGCAUCAAGUCGUCGGUCGGCGAUGCUCCCGCAGCGUCCUUCAAGGGUCGCCACCACGUUCAGACGACGGCCGAGCAGUCGCCUGGCCCUGGUGCUUACGGCAUCAAGUCGUCGGUGGGCGACGCGCCCGCGGUCUCGAUGAAGUCGCGGCACCAUGUCAAGACCACCGCCGAGACCUCGCCAGGCCCUGGUGCCUACAUGAUCGACGGCACCAUCGGCAGGGGCAAGGGUGCGUCGAUGAAGUCGCGCCAUCACGUCAAGACGACCGCCGAGACCUCGCCUGGUCCUGGCGCGUACGGCAUCAAGUCGUCGGUCGGCGAUGCGCCGGCUGUCUCGAUGAAGUCGCGGCACCACGUUCAGACAACGGCCGAGCAGUCGCCUGGUCCUGGGGCGUACGGCAUCAAGUCGUCGGUCGGCGACGCGCCUGCGGCCUCGAUGAAGUCACGGCACCAUGUCAAGACGACCGCUGAGACCUCGCCCGGUCCUGGUGCAUACGGCAUCAAGUCGUCGGUCGGCGACGCUCCUGCAUACUCGAUGCGGCCCAAGACCGCCAGUGCCGCCGACAGGCGCCGCUCUCCCGGUCCGGGCGCAUACGGCCUCAAGUCGUCGAUCGGCGAUGCUCCGGCUGCGUCGAUGAAGUCGCGGCACCACGUUCAGACAACAGCUGAGCAGUCGCCGGGCCCUGGCGCGUACGGCAUCAAGUCGUCGGUGGGUGAUGCGCCUGCGGUCUCGAUGAAGUCUCGGCACCACGUCAAGACGACCGCCGAGACCUCGCCAGGCCCUGGUGCCUACAUGAUCGACGGCACCAUCGGCAGGGGCAAGGGUGCGUCGAUGAAGUCGCGACACCAUGUCAAGACGACCGCCGAGACCUCGCCUGGUCCUGGUGCGUACGGCAUCAAGUCGUCGGUCGGCGAUGCGCCGGCUGUCUCGAUGAAGUCGCGGCACCACGUUCAGACAACGGCUGAGCAGUCGCCUGGCCCUGGCGCGUACGGCAUCAAAUCGUCGGUCGGCAACGCGCCUGCGGCCUCGAUGAAGUCGCGACACCAUGUCAAGACGACCGCUGAGACCUCGCCCGGUCCUGGUGCAUACGGCAUCAAGUCGUCGGUCGGCGACGCUCCAGCCUACUCGCUCCGGCCCAAGACCGCCAGCGCGGCCGACACGCGCCGCUCGCCUGGCCCCGGGGCCUACGGCAUCAAGUCGUCGAUCGGCGAUGCUCCGGCUGCGUCGAUGAAGUCCCGGCACCACGUUCAGACGACGGCUGAGCAGUCGCCUGGCCCUGGCGCGUACGGCAUCAAGUCGUCGGUCGGCGACGCGCCUGCGGUCUCGAUGAAGUCGCGGCACCAUGUCAAGACCACCGCCGAGACUUCGCCAGGCCCCGGUGCUUACAUGAUCGAUAGCACGGUCGGCAAGGGACCUGGUGCGUCCAUGAAGUCACGACACCAUGUCAAGACCACUGCCGAGACCUCGCCUGGCCCUGGUGCGUACGGCGUCAAGUCGUCGGUCGGCGAUGCGCCCGCUGUCUCGAUGAAGUCGCGGCACCACGUCAAGACGACCGCCGAGACCUCGCCUGGCCCCGGUGCCUACGGACUCACCGGCUCGAUCGGCGACAGCCGCGGCGAGGGUCCGUCGCUCAAGGGCCGGCAUCCAGUCCGCGACGAGGUCGGCUCGCCCGGCCCCGGCGCGUACGGCAUCAAGUCGUCAGUUGGCGACGCCCCGUCAUACUCGUUCACCUCUGCCGAGUACGCUGCCAAGGCUGAGGCCUACUUUCGCGGGCAAUGAAUGACCAUCACCAC